AUGUCAACAGAACCACCACCACCGCCGUUAUCACAAAAAAUUGAUUUUGCACCUUUACAUCGUACAGUUGAAUUAGAAAAUAUACAUGCACAAGUUAUACAAAAUGAUUUACAACAAGAACAACAACAAUCACAAACAACACGUAAAGUACUUGUUAAACAUAUGACUGUUAUUGGUGAUGGAAGUGAUAGAGAUAAUAGUCAAACAAUUACACAACAAUGA